AUGGCAUUAUCCUCCAUAUACAAUUCAACAGGAAAAAACUAUCAGAUAUUCACAGAUUCGUUGUCAACUCUCCUAGCAUUGAAACAGUACUAUCCCCGCCAUCAAUUAAUUCUUCAGAUCCAAAACAAAAUACAUGAUAUAAUAAGCAAUAAAAAUCAUAUUUCAUUAAUCUGGAUUCCUAGCCACAUUGGUAUUGAAGGAAAUGAAAGGGUAGAUCAAUUGGCAGCACAAGCGCACUUGGAUCCCCGAUCAAACAUUGCAAUUCCAUAUUACGACAUAAGAGUGAUGACAAACGACCUCAUAUGUUCCAAAUGGCAAAAAGAAUGGGAUAAAAUAACUAACUUCCUCAAAAUAGUUAUGCCAGAACUAAAUAGUUCACAAAACACCAAAAUCAACGAACUUAGUAGAAACAAUUUAAACAUCAUAAAUAGAUUAAAACUCGGUCAUUCUAAAAUAACUCAUUCAUGGAUUCUCAACAAAACAAACCCUCCAAUUUGCGAGAACUGUGAUACAAAAUUAACAAUCCAACAUAUAUUGAUAGAAUGUCAAAAUUACAAUGAAAUCAGGAAAAAACAUCAAAUACCAAAUGAUAUCCGAUCGAUUUUCAAAGAUGAAAAAUUACAAAACCUGUUAUCAUUCAUUAAAGAAAUAAACAUGUUCAACAACAUUUAA